UUUUUUUUCUUUCUAGGCUGACACGGACAGCAUUUAAUUAUCUUUCUCAGAAUCACGAGUCUAACAUAGUGCAGCAUUAGAAGUAGGAGCAGAAGUUGAUACAGGAUCAGAUCGUUUUAAAACCCCGUAACGGUUAACGUUAGGAGUGGGGAUAUGGUAAUCUGACCCUGUGGUUAAGGGAAAGGAAACUCUAGCUAUUGGGACACAGCUGACAUGCCUUGACAAGACUUGACCAGUCUCAACGUCUACUCUUCAGGCUCCUCCCCUGAAGAUGAUACACCACAUAUCCCUGUCGAUCAGACCUUCAUGGUGCCCAAAAAGGAGAUCAGCAUGGUUUCUGAUAACGGGAAGUGAAAAUGUUCCCAGGCGUACACUGAUUACAUAGGAUUCAUUCUGAUGCUGAACAAAUGAGUGAAGGGGAAGAACACACACACUACUGUUGUGCCGCCUUCUCGUUGACAGAGGGAGAAAUUGGGAGAAUGGGAUCAUAUUAAGCCACAAUGCCUUUGGCUGUUGUUGAGAAGCUUCUGGCUUUGUUGGAGACUCUGGACCAGUCGAUAGAUGAGACCCCUCCUGCAGACCAGCUCUCUCGCUUGGGCGACAAGGCCUAUUGUGCCUGGUAUGCCAAGCUCGACCAGGAAGCAGAGGCCCUGGUUGCAGCAGUCUUCCCAGAAAACAAGGCUGCUGCAACUCCAGAGAUAGCUGUGUAUUUGAAGGAGGUGGCGGGCAACUCCACCAGGAUAGACUACGGAACGGGUCACAAAGCUGCACUUGCUGUCUUCUUCUGCUGUCUCUGCAAGAUCAGAGCUCUCAGGGUAGAUGACCAGUUGGCCAUCAUUUUCAAGGUGUUUGGCAGGUGA